CGUACGCGCGAGUCGACGCUCCCGCCAAAUUUGAAUAUCGAACGAACGCGACUUGACUUUUUAAUUUUUACUUUUUAUUUGGAUGCGCGUUUAUCGGCCAGUGUCGUGUGUGUCGAUUCGUAUUUAGUGUUGUGAAUGAUGUGAUAGAAACAUUUGUGCCAGAAAUAUAAACGAGAAACUUUAUACAGGAUUUGUGAGUUUCACGUUAUGGGAAAUUUUGACAGGAGUAAAACCGGCACGAUUUUCAAAAUGGAAGUGACAACAUGGCUAUCCUUAGCGAUAGCCGUUCUCACAUUCGCAACACCAGCCGCGGCACACGAGCCUCGCGUGGUCUGCUACUACACAAACUGGUCGGUGUACCGGCCCGGCACGGCGCGCUUCAACCCCCAGAACAUCAACCCCUACCUCUGCACGCAUCUCAUAUACGCCUUCGGAGGGUUCACCAAGGACAACACGCUCAAACCCUUCGACAAGUACCAAGAUAUUGAGAAAGGCGGCUACGCCAAGUUCACGGGUCUGAAGACGUACAACAAGAAGCUUAAGACCAUGCUGGCCAUCGGCGGGUGGAACGAGGGGUCCACGCGCUUCUCGCCCAUGGUCGCCUCCAAGGCCGCCAGGAAGGAGUUCGUACGGAACGCUAUCAAGUUCCUCAGACAGAACCACUUCGACGGUCUGGACCUGGACUGGGAGUACCCCGCGUUCCGCGACGGAGGCAAGCCGAAGGACAGAGAGAACUACGCCAAGCUCGUCAAGGAACUGAGAGACGAGUUCGAAAGAGAGAGCGAGAAGACAGGAAAAGCUCGCCUCCUGCUCACGAUGGCUGUGCCUGCUGGCAUCGAGUACAUUCAGAAGGGAUUCGACGUCAAGACUUUGAACCAAUACCUGGACUGGAUGAACCUGCUGACCUACGACUAUCACUCCGCCUUCGAGCCCGCCGUCAACCACCACGCCCCUUUGUUCCCGCUGGAGGAGCCCAACGAGUACAGCGUCGACAACGAACUCAACAUCGACUACACGAUCAAAUUCUACCUGGAAAAUGGCGCCGACCGCGACAAGCUGGUGCUCGGCAUCCCGACGUACGGCCGCUCCUACACGCUGUUCAACCCCGACGCGACGGAGAUCGGCGCGCCGGCCGACGGCCCCGGCGAACAGGGCGAUGCCACUAGGGAGAAGGGAUAUCUGGCUUAUUACGAGAUCUGCGAGGCCCUAAAGCCCAAAAAGACGAAGCGCGCUAUCAGCUCAGACGAAGAAGACUCCGAUGACGAAUCCUCCGCCGAAGAGGACGAGCCGUGGACCGUGAUGUACCCCAACAAGGAUGCUAUGGGCCCCGUGGCGUACAAGGGCAACCAGUGGGUCGGAUACGAUGACUUAGAAAUUGUUCAGAAGAAGGCCGAAUACGUGGCUGAAAAUGGACUGGGAGGCAUUAUGUUCUGGUCGAUUGACAACGAUGACUUCCGCGGCACGUGUCACGCGAAACCCUACCCACUCAUCGAGGCUGCCAAGGAAGCCUACAUAUCCAAGCUAGGGUCGACAGACAACUCGGUAGUAUCGGAGCGACCUAAACUGUCGAGCUCCAGUAACAGAAGGCGACCAAGGCCUAAAGCCUCUACCACCACAACCACCGCCAAACCCGCCUCGGCCAAGGCGAAGACCAACAACAGGAAGAGCGCCACACCCUCGGUCAAGAGCACCACGCCCACAUGGAACAUCGUUACCCCGGAGCCACCAACUACCCCCGACCCAGGAUCAGACUUCAAGUGCACGGACGAGGGCUUCUUCCAGCAUCCGCGCGACUGCAAGAAGUACUUCUGGUGCCUCGACUCCGGCCCGUCUAACCUCGGCAUCGUGGCCCAUCAGUUCACCUGCCCUUCUGGUCUCUUCUUCAACAAGGCCGCGGACUCAUGCGACUUCGCUCGCAACGUGCUCUGCAAGAAACCCACGACAACCACCAAGGCCCCCACCACCAAAGCGGCAACCACCGAAGCCACCACCACAAGGAAGCCUAUCAAGCUGAGCACUAAGAGCUCCGCGCUGUUCAGGACCACGACAACAACUACCACGCCUGAGCCCGAGGAGGAAUACGAGGAUGAGGUAGAAGAUUCCGUUGACGUGGACGCCGAAGACCCUAAGGUUAUCAAGGAACUUAUCGAUCUAAUCAAGAAAGUUGGUGGUGUCGAACAGUUAGAAAAACAACUGCACCUGUCAGAAUCAGGCGGCAGCUCCAUCACCACCACGCCCUCAUCCUUCAACAAGAACCUGUACAAGAAGGUGCUGGAGAGGACCAUCGCCAGGACCAAGCAAGGAGGCAACAGCAUUUUCGAAAAAGCAGCCCAAAACAGACAGAGAGGACCACAAAACGCAGGUUUAGAGGCGUCUGCUGAAAAGGACAAAUUGCUACGGAAGGAUAGGCCACAAUACACAACAAUCAACCGCGCCCGCGCCGCCACCACCCCCGAACCCGUCGAAGAGUCCGAGUCCGACGAAGAGAUCGAAGUGAGGCCGAGCCGCGCGCGCACCCCGGAGGCCGAGGCCGGCGCCGCGCGCCCGCUGCAGUACGUCAACAUCAGGAGGGCGCGCCCCAGCGUGUCCACUUCGGAUACCGCUGAUGCGGUAUCAUCAGCGGUAUCAAGGAACGCACUUUUCGAACGCCCGGCUUCUUUCGUGACGGUCUCAGAAACGCCUGAAUCCCUGGAUAUUCAAAGUGCAAGGCGAGAGAAUAUUCCCGAAUAUGUCACUAUCAGGAGACAACGCCCCACUACUGAAGAAGCCACAACUGUCCAGUAUACAAGUACAUUGCGAGAGGAAGAUUCACAAGAGACAAUUUUAGAAAAAGAAAUCUCGUCUCCACCAUCUCAAGCACAGCCGCAGUACACGUCCAUAGUGAGAGCUCGUUCCACCACCUCCCCUCCCCUGGAAGAGUCCGAGAGCCCCGAACCUACUACUGUCCUUUCGCUCCAAUUAUCUUCCUUACUAAACACCCCCGAAGAGACUCCUGAGCCUGAAGCCCCGACGACAGUUGUCACGGAUCCCCCGACGACAACUACUACGACAGCGGCGCCGAGCGCGCCCACACGCCGCACCAUCCUCCGCCGCCGCGGUUCCACCACCACCACUACCUCUACCGCAGCCCCCUCCACCACCCAGACCGCAAAAUCCCGGCAGCCGUUCCUCCGGCGCACGAAAGCCACAGCUCCUCCAGACACCACGGACACCGACUCCGUCACCGAAUCCAUCGACAACGAGACCACCACAAGCAAGUUCACUCGACGGGGCAACUCCAAAUUCAAGACCCGAAAGGAACUCGCCCGCAAAGAAGUCGCGAAGAAAAACGAAAUUGAAAAUGGAACGCGACGGCCAUCUUUGAGCGCUGGCGCGGUGCGUAGUGAGCGCCCGCGCAGCUUCGUGCGCCGGCGGCUUGGAGGGGCGAACGCUACUUCAACGACGCCAUCCCCGUCAUCUCAAGCAUCACCAUCAUCAUCUGCGUCGUCGUCGUCAACGGCAACCACCACCGCCCCAACGUCACGCCGGCCGUUCCGCAUCGCCAGCCGCCGGCGCCCGGCCAUCGCGACCAAGUCGUCGCUCUCGACUACGUCGACCACGCAAGCCUCAACAGCGGGCCUGGCUAGUGAGGAAUCGCUGCAGGACAUCGGGGAUACUGAUUCAAUCGAAGAUCCAGCGCUCGCCCCAAGAUACGUUCCAAAAACAACAGUGAAAAUCCAAAGACGACCGCUCGUCAAUCUCAAAGACGAAAGGAGGGACCAGAACCCAUCCGCGACCAACGAACAAGAGCCAAAGAGACAGAGCAAGAAGUACAGCGCCAGCAUCAAGCAGAAUCAGCUAGAUGAGCUGAAGAAAUCCAAGAGCCAAGAGGAUACGAGUGAUACGACGACUUUGGGCUCCACUACGGUUGAAGAUGACAGCGCAGAAACAGCAGUAGCCAUAGCAGCCCACCAACUCCUAGCCGCGCCCAUCCCCAAACUGCCAACUUACGACGACGACUCGCAACCCACCAAGAAAUCCACGCGAACCCAGACCAACGACUACUCCUACACCCCGCAAUACACUGACUUUACCGAGCCCAAGACCAUAUACUCCGAGGAAUUCAGCACACCCAAUUAUGAAUCCACUUCUCUGCGAAACAAGGAUUAUAUUUCAACAACUGGAGCGUAUGACGCCACGACUGGCUACGCUAAAACUACUUAUAACCCUCCUAGUACUAGCCCAGUGUUCCUAUCCACUGUAUCAAGAUCUCCGCUGUCCACGCCUUCAGUACUAAACCAAGGUGUGUCCGGAGGUCAGAACCUCGGUCCGUCUACGGCGAGGUAUUUGGGUGGGAAUGACAAGUAUGUGGGCGUGCCGGUGGAGGAGUUUGGGUACUCGACCUCAGGAUAUCCUGGGCAGGAGCCAUCGUAUUUCACUAGGGAGUACUUGCUGGAGUCUCCGGUUACCAAGACUUAUGAUGACGAAUACCAAUACCUCUCACCCGUCACCACGCCGCAGACGACCAGGCAACCAGCAACCCGCAAGACGAUCCUCCGCAAGAUCUCCACCACUCUACCACCUACCCUGGCCCCCGCCACCACGCCCAAACCCCGCCGCGUCCCCUCCAAGAAGUUCGAGAAACCCUUCGAAAAGAUUCCGAAAGACCUGCCGAAUAGGACAUACAGGCCCAUUGAUAAUUAUGAUUAUUAUGAUGAUGGAUCAGAAAGAAUAGCGGAGAAGUAUGAAGAGACGAAGGUCGUGCUACAUGGGAAAGGAACCAUAGAAUGCUUGGACAUCGGCAACUUCCCCCACCCAUCGUCGUGCAAGAAGUUCAUUUCGUGCGCGCGCAUCGAUAACGGCUCGCUACUGGGCUGGGAGUACAUCUGUCCUAAAGGCCUGAGCUUUGACCCUGUGGGGGGCAUCUGUAACUGGUCCGCGGGGCUGGGGUGCGAUGAGAAGGAUAUUUAA